AUGGCUCCGCGCCGAAGUUGGUGUAAACUUUGCCAAGAUGACUACAAGGCCGGUGAUAAUAUUAUUAAGUGUUCAAGCUGCCCCAAAUCAUACCAUAGGGAGUGUCUAGAACACGAUCUCAUAACAACAGGAGGCCACGGCGCAGAUAUCAUAAAUGGGCAGUAUGAUUUUACCAAAUUCCAAUGUGAAAACUGCUUACAUUAUGAAGAUGAAAACGUCAUUGAAAAUGAUGAUCGAUGCAAGUUGUGUAAGGAAAAAAAUAGAAAUGAUCACGAUGUUCUACUACUCUGUGAUGGAUGCCCAAAUAGCUACCAUAUGAGCUGUCUACAACUUGUAGCGGAACCUGAUGGAGAACAAUGGUUCUGUCCUAUGUGUAAACCUGAUGAUUUCCAGGUUAUCAAAUUCAGAAAAAAACAACAUCCACUAGCGGAAUCAGGAGACCAUGUUAAUUCAUCGAUUUGCUAUGUCUGCCAGCGACAUGGAAAACUAUUGGGGUGUGACUUCUGCAGCAACUCCUUUCAUCAUGGAUGCCUCCCUGAGUUCGAUAUUGGUAAUAUCGGCGACGUAUGGGAGUGUCCAUGCUGCAAAGGACAAGAUCCUUUCAUCAACCAAAUGCACAAAAGAUGGACUGUGCAACAAAUUGACAGAAACAUUAAGGAAAGAAGACGAUGCAUACAGUUAUGGAAAUCCAAAAUCACAAAGUAUAGAAACAGGUUUCUGUUAGCACACCGGGACGAUCUAGGACCAUUCGUCACGGAUAAAUUUAUGGAGCUACUCACAAAAAACUUCAUGGACGAAGGAUCAGCCGCAAGAAGAAGACUCACAAAUGCCGGCCGCAGUAUAGACGAUCUUUUAGAAUAUUUUGAGGAAGAAGCUAUGGUUGAAGCAGAAAAGUUUAUUGCAAAGGCACACAAAAGCUGCUUCUAUCCAAGCGGACGCAGAAUAGAAGGGAGACCACUCAGAACUGGAGUAGAACUAAAACCACAUCAGGAAUUUGGAGUAGAUUGGCUUCUAAAAUCCUUCCUAACCGGAGGAGCAAUUUUGUCGGACGAAAUGGGUCUAGGCAAAACUAUUCAAACACUAUGCUUCCUCUCAUACCUGAAAAUGAUGAAAAUAGAGGGACCACACCUAAUUGUAGUGCCACUAUCUACAGUGGGUAACUGGCUACGGGAAGUGCAUCGUUUCACGCCACACCUAACCUCUAUUAAAAUAUGUGGAUCCAGGACUGAACGAGCACAUGCUAUGGAGGACAGAUUGGCGUACAAAGGUUUAUAUGAUUUGUACAUUACCACAUAUGAAACCGUAAAGAGUGAGGAAGAAUUUUUUGUGGAAACGGUCCCUAGAUGGCAAUGCCUAAUCCUAGAUGAAGCUCACAGGAUCAAAAAUCAAUCCGGCGCUGCGAGACAUUCAAUGGAUCGUAUCCUGGCCAACAUGCGACUCUUAUUGACGGGAACACCCUUGCAGAACAAUGCAAUGGAGCUUUUUACACUAAUUAAUUUUAUGUUCCCAGAUAUAUUCAAGGAUACAACGCUGAUGGACGAAGCAUUUCGCCACCCACCCAAGAGACCUGGCCGUUCCGGACCCAUGUCAAUCACAGCACUCGCUGUAGCAUCAGCGAAUACCGUUUUUAAAAAGGAAGAUCUUGAAUCAAUCAAGUCCCUGUUGAGCCAAGUUAUGUUGAGGCGACUCAAGGAAGAGGCAAUCACCUUACAACCCAAAAUUUUCCAUGAUGUAUGGCUUCCAUUAAGCAAAGUCUCGUUACACUGGUAUAAAACUUUGAUGAGUGUCCGUUCUUUGAUGAAGGAACAAAUAAGCGUGAAAAAGUUGUUGGGUAUGGUAAUUAAAAUGCGUGUUGUUUGUGGUCACCCAAGAGGUGUAGUAAGCAGGGCUCAUCAAACUGAAAAAUUGUUCGAUUUCUUCAAACAGGAGUCCAUGCCAUUACAAAACCAAAUAGAGGAUGAUGCCAACCGGUUGAGAGAACUUCGCGACCAACAGCAUAGAGAUGCUAGCGCAAAACUUACAUUUCUAGACAAGUUAUUGUGUCAGCUGCAUUAUGAAAAUUGUGAAUUUGUUCCUGGUUAUGUGGCGAAAUUUAACCACCAUCUAAGAGAGCUUGAGAGUAUGAAAGAACAUAAAAUCAAACUACGAAAAAGGAUGAAAGGGGUAGCAGCUCAAGAACCUUUUGUUGUAGAGACACAUGAAUUCCUGGUGCGAACACCAUCACCCACCGCAAGGAAUAAGCAAUUGAUGGUUGAUGGAUUAUACGAAAAACCAGUGUCGAGUGUGUGUCCAUACAAGAGGGAGAGCCUCACUGCUUUGUUUACUAGGAAUAAAAAAACUGAUGCUUCCACUACAGAUAGAAGCAGAGGUGACCACAAUAUAACACGAGGUGCUGGUAAGGGACGUGUUGUGGAUGAUGAUUUUGACACACCUGGCAAGGUGAAACCAGAAGGUCACGAGAGUGACAAUGGGUUCACCACGAGUAACACCGAUGUCAAGACAGAAGAGAACUUGGUCCAAGGGGAUGACAAACACACAGGCAAUUCUUAUACUGUUAAAAAGGAAAUGACAGAAGAGAUUGAAAAACAGGAGCAAGUAUCGGAUGAUGCGGCUAACACAAACAAUGAAGCUCCGUUAACGGAGGUCUCGAAGGAACCGACGAUGCACAAAGUACUUGUAUUUACUCAGUUCCAACUGGUACUCGAUGAACUUGAGAGGUACUGUAACUCUCGCGGAUGGAAAUACAUGCGUCUUGACGGAUCAACAAACAAAUUGAUUCGUGAACUUGAUAUACGUGAAUUCAAUUCGCCGCAGAGUCCGUACUUUAUUUACCUCAUCAGUACUCGUGCUGGAGGUUUGGGGAUCAACCUGACAGCAGCAAACCAUGUGGUUCUGUUCGAUGAGGAUUGGAACCCAUUCAUAGAUUUACAGGCGAUAGAUCGCGCCCACAGAAUAGGACAGAAACGUAGUGUCCAUAUUUGGAAAUUGAUUUCAGAAUGGACUGUUGAGGAACGUAUGGCACUUUGUCGUGAAAAGAAACUUCACUUGGACAAGUUGCUCAUCAAUUCAAACCUACAGUCAAUGGAUUAUGAAGAAGCGGCAGAGGCGCCUAUAGUGUCACUGACACCUGCCGCCAUUUUGAAAAUGAUGAUGCAUGGUAACAAUGCGUUGAAGAUGACUGAGGGUGAGGACAUCACCGAGGCGUACCUCGAUGACAUAAUCGAACGUGGCCGUAAGAAACCUCCUCAGGGUCUAGACGAUUCAGCAGAGAUUGAUGAAUCUGAGGACGUAUCCCUAUUGGAGGAUGAUGCUGAUCCCGAUAUGGUUAAUGUCGCGGACGUUAUGAAGGAGGAGGAUGUGGUGGAGUCUGAUGCUACCAGCGUGGCAGGGGAAGUUGAAGAAACAGUGUCUUUAUUGGAAGGAACAAACCUUAGCGUCUCCGAUAUGCUGGAUCACAAGCAAGUUAAAAAACUGCUGAGCAACGCUAAGGAUAAGGCCGAACUAUUGCGACAACUCGAAAGUGGCGGAUUGUUGUGGCGCUCCGGCCGAGAAAGACGCAGGCCCUCAUCUAUGUAUGUGCCGGAGGGAUUCCGUAAACGUGCCGAAACUCGUACGAUACGCCAUGAGUGCCGCUGUUUCUGUUGCGGGUUUGCUAAAAACCACAAAGCACACUACAAAGACAAAGACGGUGUAAGUAUAGAAGUUGAUUAUGGAGAACUCGUCAAGUGUUUCCGUUGCCCUAAGAGUUACCACAAGGUCUGCGAGAGUUUGGGUGAUACAAAGAAGACGUGGACUUGUAGGUGGCACGAAUGUUGUCUCUGUUUCAGGAAAAGUUCACAGUGUGACAACAUGUUGAUCCAUUGCUCAAAUUGUCCAACAUCGUUCUGUUAUGACUGCUUCCCGCCAGAUUACACACGUCAUUAUGUAGGUGAAGAUUACUAUUACGCUUUAACGCAGAGAGGAUUGAAUGCAAACGCCGGGAAUUGGAUCUUCUUUUUAUGUUCGAAGUGCAAGAUUUUACAAGAAAAGGACCGUCGUAAGAAGAUGACAAAGGAAGAUAGGGAACAGCAGCAGAAGCAGCAACGUGAGUUACGCAAACAAUUGGCGUCAGUUGAUCAUGGUGAUGACAAGGAAUCGAAGCGAAGGCGCCGUGAAAACCGUAUCACAUUCUUGGACGGUUAUCGAGCCAGCGAGGUGCAAUAUGAAAAUCGCAUCAGGCUUGCUUACGAAAGAUUGUGCCCGCCCAAUCUGAUUGAAGAGGUGACUAAACGUAUUGAAGCGGCACGAGCAAAGCGAGAAGCUGAUGAAGCUGCUGGUGUUGUUCGUCUGAAACGCGAAGUUAACUUUUUGGCAAUUCGCUUACCUUAUAAGAUGCUUGCAAUCUGCGAAAACUGCAAACUGCCACUGCAUAACUCAGUGCGUUACCCAGGAGAAUGCCCGUACCCUAAGGAGGUUGUUAAGAUGGAGGUAACGGUACCCAGUGAGGGACAAGCCAAUGCAUCCCCCAGGUUAGAGGAAGCAGGGCCAACAGCGGAAUCAAAUGCAGCGACACCUGGAAAAGUUAUGAAGAAAACGGCUUGCUCCAAAUGUAUGCUGGCGUUGACUGGUAAACUUUCUCAUACACGUCGCAGCUGUGAUUUGUUGACCGACGAUGAGAUCCGUGAGUAUGAGGAUCGUCGUAAGCAGGUGAAUGCCGCCGUUGAGAUGAUGGAGAGUCUUGCCGUGACCAAACCAACCGACGAUGAUUAUUCCGUGAUACCACACGCAAGACUGAAAGUCAUUUAUGCAAAUGCGUUGGAAGCUAUGGAUCGUAUCGUGCUGGAUUGCUUCACAAAGUGUGGCGUUACACUUUUAUCCCCUUCCGCUGCUGCUAGUGGGAUCCUGGCACCGGCGAGCACACCACCAUCUCCUGGUAUGGCGCCAAGCAGUUCUACGAUGACAUCGGCCACCAAUUCGACCCCCAACGAAAUUUCACCGACAACGUCAAGUUUGGGGGAUCAUACAAGUGUACCUGGAUCACCACGAAUAAAGAGACCUGCAAAUCCGCUGUUGGGUGAAGUUAUACCAAAAAAAUCAACUGCCAGCCCAGGUGACAUCUCUCACACAUUGUCACCAUCAGGUAAACUCGACGGCUUUAGCUCUAGUCCUGGCAGGCAUGCGCAUCCUGUACCACCUCUGAAUUUGAGCGGUAGUUUGAGUGCUGAGGAGCUUAACUUUACCAUUCCAAAGUUGAAACAAUCGCCCGUCCCAUCAGCCAAUACUCACCAUGUUGAAGGGUCGCAUUUACCUGGCAGGCUAUCUGCUGAAACAGCUAAUUCGCUCAUGGCUAACACCCAAAUACCCAAAAAGGCUGCGUCGCAAUACGACGGUGAUAUAUGCGACUUUUUUCAAAGCCGUCGCUAG